CAGGAGCAGAGAGAGCAGAAGGUUCUUGAUGUCAUGUUUCUCUGCGACGAAUGGAAAUCUUCGAAGGGUGGAUUAUCGACUUUCAAUCGAGAAUUUGCCAUUAAUUUGGCAGAAGCGACGACUGGUAGCAUGAAAAUCCACUGCUAUGUCUCUAAUAGCGAUGAUCAGGACAGAGAAGAUGCUGAACAACAUGGUGUCAAUUUAAUCACAGCUCGAAGUGUUCCUGGUUCAGCCGACCCCCUCGAGUGCUUGAAGUUUCCACCCUCAAAGCUCCCAAAGCCACAUCUGGUAAUAGGCCAUGGAAGAAAGCUGGGUAGUCCUGCUUAUUCCCUUGUACAGAUUACAAAGUGUUAAUGGAUCCAAUUUGUUCACGUCUAUUGUGAGGACCUUGGGAAAUAUAAAGAAUCUGCUACGGCUGCAGAAGAUACAAUCGAAGAGAACGAGGAGAAGCACAAGAUGGAAAUUGAGUUAUGUAAAGCAGCGGAUGCAGUUGUCGCCGUUGGCUCCCGUCUACAACAGAAGUACAGCAGACGUCUCCUUAAUGUUGAAGUGAAGAUUAUCACUCCUGGGAUUUUUGGAAAGUUUUCCAGUGAAUCAAAGUUGGCUGUAGACAGAUCGGUAGUAAAGAAUUUCAACGUGUCUAUGUUUGGCCGAGCUACCUUCGAGGAUCUUUCCCUGAAAGGCUAUGAUUUAAUUGCAAAUGCCAUUGGUUCUCUUGGUAAGAACUUUGAGUUGACAUUUGUCGGCUCAUCUCCCGGUGAACAACGAAAAGUCGAGCAAUGGUUUCUUGACAACACGUGCAUCAACCGCAACCAACUAACCAUCCGUCGAUAUUGCAGUGAACAAGAGGAACUCAAAGUGAUGUUCUAUCAGUCAGAUUUGGUUGCUCUGCCAUCCCGUACCGAAGGAUUUGGGCUUGUUGCCCUCGAGGCCAUUUCGGCUGGUAUUCCAGUACUCGUUUCUGAUGAAUCUGGCAUAGCUGAGGCUUUGCAGAAAGUAGAGGGUGGAAACACUGUCAUUGUUGGAUCAGGUGAAGAUAAAGAUGAAUGGGCACGAAGGAUCAGAGAGAUGUAUGAAGAAAGCGCAGAAGAGAGAGAAGCCAAUGCUGUGAAGCUUCGCGAGAACUACAGGAAAGUUUACUCUUGGAAAGCAGAAUGUGAGAGGUUUAAAGGGCUGAUUGGAAAUGUUGUGAAAACUGCAAAUGGUGAGCCCACUUCUUUUAAUUUUUCUUUUUUUUCAGUAUAUUUGCUGAAAUGUCGUGCUACAUGUACAAGCUAAACCUUAUGUGUAGAAUGAGCCACAUAAGAUAAACUGAAUACUGGUACAUGUAGAUAAGCAUACGAACAAGUAAAGUGCUCCUGUAUGUCCGGAGUUGUUACAUUUAUCUCGACUUGUGGUUGUGCCACAAGUGAAUUGUCUUCUUUAAUUUUUUUUAUAUUAAAUAGAGGGGUAUGUAUCUUGCACUAAUCAGAUUGCCACUUAAAAGUAUGUAUCUCACACCAAUCAGAGUGCUGCAUGAGGGUAUUUAUCUUGCACCAAUCAGAUUGCUGCAUAAGGAUAUUUGUCACAUAAACUGCUGUGUUAUGCAAGGAUUUUUGGCCCUGAGAAAAGCUGUAACAACACAUGUGAAAAAAUAUUGUAUUUUUUCACAUGUGUUGAUAUAGUCAAUCAGUUGCAUGUCAGUUGCCUUUGGCACCACUCAGUCAGGUUGAUGAAUGAACGGCAAAGCCUUCAUGAUUCUCAAUACAAGUUGUUUGUUGGAGUUUUCUCUAAUUAUGGCAGCUAAAACACUUAAAAAAUCCUUAUUGCUGGCAGACAAUGAGGUUCAAAGUUUCCUAGAAAGGGAAGGAAACCAAUAUACUAAAGAAAAACCGAAAGUUGUGUAUUCAGUGGCUUUGGUGUUAGCAUUUCUCUUGUCUGAGAAUGAAAAUUGACAACUGGAAGAUAUGCCAUUAGCUGAUUUUGGCUGUUUACCUGAAAGACUUCUUCUGUCGGUAAGGACAGCAUUCAAAGUGCAAUCAGAACAUACCCAAUAAUAGCACUACAUGAACAUUGGGUAAUUUUUCAUGUUCUAGAAUUGUACUCCAUCAAUCAAAUUCCAUUUUACCUCAUUAGACUUUGCUCCAUGACAUGUCAUUUCCCUGUAAAAAACCUGCAUUUUAUCAUGUAUUCUCACUGCAUUUUCUGACCCCGCUAAAAGAAAUUCACAUAGAACAAAAUGAGAUUGAUAGUGAACUUUCCUUGCAAUUCUCCCAUGUUUUGAAUUUGUCUACAAAUAAAAUUUGCUUUUAGCUACCUUGGACUUAACCCAAUUGCAUGUCAAUUCAUUGUAAACAACCUUCGUUUUAUCAUGUAAUUCACACACAGAGGACACAGUCUAGAUAGGCAACAGCCAAUCAGGGAGCCCUCUUUGAAUUAUUAUCCUUUUCUCUUGUUCAAUGUAUCUUCACUUAAUCAAGAUUGUAAUUAUAUAUCUUUGGCCAGGGUCCAUUGGAGACACAACAGAACUUCAGUGUGCUUUUUGUAUUAAAAUUAGAUGAAAUCCUAUUUUUGGGACAACUAACUGUAGACGAGUAAUUUUGAUUUUCUCUCCGCAAGAGGAACAGCAGUGAGCAUGGUCUCUUUGGCAACCAUUAUUUGGUCUCACAUUUUAAUGGUUAAAUAGGUAAGAGGUGAAAAAACCUUGUUAUAGUAAGAUUAAAUUUGACUGUUACAAUUUAACAGGUGGUAAGUUGAAUGUUAAGGUUGCAGUGGAUGACUUGAAACCUGAAGAACAGAAUAUGCAGACUGGCAUGUUGGCAACAGAGUCUGCCAGAUGUCAAGGGGUUCAGCAGCCUAGGGCAUCUGCUACAUCAACUGCAUCUGGAAGUGUGUCCUAUUCACAGAAAGAGCAUCUCAAUGCCCUUGAAAAGGAAAUCUUUCUAUCAAUUGUGCAAAAUUAUCUCAAGACCACACCACCACAGUCCCCUGAAGAGCACAGUAGGUUCAUGGAAUACACACAAAAAAUGAAGCUCAUCAUUACUGGUGUUGCUGUAGGAAGUUUGGUGAUAACAGUGAAGUGUGAAUCUCUAAUGAUAUUGGAGGAGUUGUGGACAGAUUACUCAUCUGGUCAUCUUGGUGAAGUGGUUCAGAAUUGUUUUGUCACUGAAAAGAUCUUGAAGGAACUGAACCUGGCUGAGCUGAGGCUGAAGACAACAAUAGACAUAGAAGAGUACAAUGCAUGCAAAACGUUCUUUGAGAAAGAUGCUCUUAGAGGUUGGUAG